GCUGCCCCCGGGCACCAUGGGGCUCCCCUUCUUUGGGGAGACGCUGCAACUGGUGCUGCAGCGGCGGAAGUUCCUGCAGAUGAAGCGUCGGAAAUACGGGUUUAUCUACAAGACCCACCUCUUCGGGCGCCCCACCGUGCGGGUGAUGGGGGCCGAGAACGUGCGGCAAAUCCUGCUCGGGGAGCACCGGCUGGUGGCGGUGCAGUGGCCGGCUUCGGUGCGCACUAUUCUGGGCUCCGGCUGCCUCUCCAAUCUGCACGACGGGCAGCAUAAGCACCGCAAAAAGGUGAUCAUGAAGGCUUUCUCGCGGGAGGCCCUGCAGCACUACGUGCCCGGCAUCCAGGAGGAGGUGAGCGCCUGCCUGGCGCGCUGGCUGCGCAGCGCCGGCUCCUGCCUCCUGGUGUACCCCGAAGUGAAGCGCCUUAUGUUCCGCAUCGCCAUGAGGAUCCUGCUGGGCUUCGAGCCGGGCCACGCGGGCCGGGACAGCGAGCAGCAGCUGCUGGAAGCCUUCGAGGAGAUGAUCCGCAACCUCUUCUCCCUGCCCAUCGACGUGCCCUUCAGCGGGCUCUACCGGGGACUGCGAGCGCGGAACUUCAUCCACGCCAAGAUCGAGGAGAACAUCCGGGCGAAGAUGGCCCGUGGGCAGCCCGCGGGCGGCUGUAAGGACGCGCUGCAGCUGCUGCUGGAGCACACGCAGGAGAACGGCGAGCAGCUGAACAUGCAGGAGCUAAAAGAAUCUGCAACAGAACUUCUGUUUGGCGGCCAUGAAACCACCGCUAGUGCGGCCACAUCUCUCAUCACCUUCUUGGGGCUUCAUCGGGAGGUUCUGCAAAAAGUGAGACAGGAGCUACAAACGAAGGGCUUAUUGUGCAGCAUGAACCAAGACAACACCCAACUGGAUAUGGAAGUCUUGGAACAGCUGAAAUACACAGGCUGUGUUAUCAAAGAGACCCUCAGGCUGAGCCCACCAGUUCCCGGAGGAUUUAGAGUUGCUCUCAAGACUUUUGAGUUAAAUGGUUAUCAGAUUCCUAAAGGCUGGAAUGUUAUCUACAGUAUCUGUGAUACACAUGAUGUUGCAGACCUCUUCACAAAUAAGGAUGAAUUUGAUCCUGAUCGCUUCAUGUCUCCUUUUCCAGAGGAUUCCUCCAGGUUCAGUUUCAUCCCUUUUGGAGGGGGCUUGAGAACCUGUGUGGGCAAAGAGUUUGCAAAAAUCCUUCUCAAAAUAUUUAUGGUGGAGUUGGCUCGGAAUUGUGACUGGCAGCUGUUAAAUGGACCUCCUACAAUGAAAACUGGCCCCAUAGUGUAUCCAGUGGAUAACCUGCCUACCAAAUUCAUAGGUUUCAAUGGCCAAAUCUGAGAUUCAAGAUUACUUCUAGUUGAAAUUCUAUAGCUUUUUAAAAGUACAAUAGCUUUAUAUAGAAGCCUAAAUUCAAUAUUAAAUAUUUAACUUGUAAAUGGUAUAGUUAUUUAUGUAUUUUUAAAUAUAUUACAUCUCAGAAGUUUGGUUUGAUGUUCAAGCACUACAAUUAUGGGCCAGUGCAGUCCAUAAUCAUUUCUAUAGGAACUAAAUGUUUCCUUGCUAUUUAAGAAUCUUGUCAAUUUUAGCAUUUGAAGGAGAUUAAGGACAGGUUUUUGUAUUCAGACACUUACUUUUUAACAGGUCCCCAUGAUUUCAUAUGCUUAACUGCACAUCUUGUGACCAGAAUAUACACCUGGCUUUUAUUUAAGCAAGGAGAAUAUUUUUUGAUACUUGGUUUUGUGUUCCAAGUUUGACUUAAAAUAAAGUCUAUUUUUGA